UAGCGCACGUAGCCAUCAAUGCACCUCUGCGAGUUUGACAAGUCUCCACUUCCUUUUCGGUGUGAAAUAAAAAACAAUCGAGAUGGGUCGUAUGCACGCUCCUGGCAAGGGUAUUUCCCAAUCAGCCCUCCCUUACAGACGCACUGUGCCAUCAUGGCUAAAACUGAACUCUGAAGAUGUCAAGGAGCAGAUCAAGAAGCUCGGCAAAAAGGGUCUGACACCUUCUAAAAUUGGCAUCAUCCUGCGUGAUUCACAUGGCGUUGCCCAGGUCCGUUUCGUUAACGGCAACAAGAUCCUGCGCAUCAUGAAGUCAGUGGGUCUGAAACCCGACAUCCCCGAGGACCUGUACCACAUGAUUAAGAAGGCCGUUGCCAUCCGCAAGCACUUGGAGCGCAAUCGUAAGGAUAAGGACGGCAAGUUCCGUCUAAUUCUGGUCGAGUCCAGAAUUCACCGCCUGGCCCGUUACUACAAGACGAAGAGCGUUCUGCCACCAAACUGGAAAUAUGAAUCCAGCACUGCUUCUGCUUUGGUUGCCUAAGUUAGUGGAACCACACCAGUGGUGUUUUGUUUUCUAUCUCCCAGCAUUUUUUAUACAAGAACCAACUGUAAUAAAUCUGAAAAUGUCCAAAUAGAAACACAAUUUGAAUAUA